AUGGCGGCACGUAUGCAGUCAGAAAAAGACCUGGAUAUAGGUUACUCAACUGCGGACGAAAGCAACGAUAUAGAAUCCCCACCUGAGACCCCUAGCAGACCACCUACAUUCCCACAACAGCCGACCCCCAUUACCGUCAAACAGGUAAAGAGACGCGAUAUGGCUAAUGAAUCGACAGGACGUUCGACAGGUGGUGGAGAGCCCUCAGGCUCCCACACGCGUCGAACCUCAGAUGGCGAUGAUGUCUCUGAACUGGCAACAACAUACAAUCGGUUGGUGGCACAGGGGUUCCCAGCAGAGUUGGCCGCACAAGUGGCACAACAGCGAUGGGCAGCAAAGAUGGGAAUCACAUUGUCAACGGGUAGCAGCAAUAAUGGGGGCUCAAUGUCUGCCCUUAAAGAAUUCAAGGAUGAACACGACCACGUCAGCUUGUCGCUGAAUGAAAAGCUUGCAGGGGCCUCAAACUUUGAGGCGUUCAAACGCGAAGUUAUGGCGAGAGCAGUACUGCUGGAGGCCAACACCAUUCUCACCAAAUACGAGGAGCAAGCACCCGAGGACUCCACCCCUGAUGAGAGCAAGAUAUGGAGCUAUAAGAACAGGCGGAUGUGGGAAUGUAUAUGGAAUAAUAUGAAGUCAAAUGCCCAGACCCUCGCGCAGUCAAAACUACAGGGUGAUGAGGAAACCGGAAAAAUGGGGAACACCGCAGCUCUGUGGCGAGCAUUGGAACUUGAAUACCAGCAAAAGCGCUCGUGUCUGCUGACUGCUCCAGAUGCGUACCUCCGACAACGCUUUGUGCGCCUAGCGUAUGUAUCUUUCGGAGUGUUUUUUAAGCCUAAAGAUUGGUGGUCAAAGAAAGACCCGGGUAAAGGGAUGCAGUCCAAGAAGGCUAAGGACAGUGAAAAAGAGGGUUCGCAGAGCUCAAACACCCUGACUACCAAAAAUUCAAAGGAGUUGAACACGUCGCAGAACACCAAUCCGAGCACCUCACAAAACACCCAAAAUUCGCAGCGUUCGGACAAGGAAAGGACUGGGGUUAAAUGUCACUACUGCAGCUACCCAGGCCACAUAAAGAAGGAUUGUCACUACAAGAACUGGAGAGAUCAGAGUGAGGAGUGGCAGCAGUCCCGAAAAGCAAAGAUUGAGGAACUUGCUAAGAAAAACGGCGAGGAACCACCCGAAUUCCAGAGCUCAUUGAAGGGACUGGCCGCGUUACGUCCUCAACGCGAUCCGAAUUGGUAUUUAGACACUGGGUGUUCGGGCAAUAUAACACCCAAUAUGGAGGUGCUCAGCAGUCUGCGGCCCUCAGAUGACGGAAAUUUUGCGGAGGACGCCAAUGGAGGCUCUAUCCGCACGAAAGCAGUUGGCGAGGCGAAUGUUAUGUUGAAUGGGUCGACCCUACGCCUAAACGAAACGAAUUACACUCCAGAUGUGGCAAGUAAUCUCGUCAGCUUUGGUCAGUUGUUAUGUGAUGGGUUCGACUUUGAGCUACUUCGGGGAGAGGACAGUAAAAUGUACGGGUUUAAGAUCAAGGCCCCAGAUGGCGAGGUCUUUUACGCAACGAUGAACAACUCACGCGUCUUCCCCAUACAUGGCACCAAAGAAGCCGCAAUAGCGGCAGUGGCUAAAUCAGUCGUUCCUAAUCUGGCUAACACCCUAUUUGCAUGGCACGUCCGUCUGGGUCACCUCAAUGAAAGGGACAUUCUGAAACUGGCGAAAGACCCCCAGUCGGGUAUAGUUAUCAAAGGGGAUUUGAAGAUGCCCUUCUGCGAGACGUGCAAACUUUCAAAAGCGAAAACCAAGAUCUCACGGAUCCCCAUGCCACGGGCGAAGAAUCGUGGAUAUAGGAUUCAUUUCGACCUCGCGGGCGGUGGUGAGAGUCUUGGUGAUGGGUUGAAUGUCUUUUCACCUAGCAAUCAGGGUUACAAAUACGCGCUCCUAGUGGUUGAUGACGCCACUCGUUACAAGUUCACCUAUUUCCUCAGAGCAAAAAGCGAAGCCCCUGAUGCGGUUGAAUUCCACCUCAAACACCUAAAAGGAUUGGGUGUUAAUGUCGCGUUUGCAAGGUCUGAUUUUGCGACUGAAAUUGGGGGCCAAAAGACACAAAAUGUCCUCACCAAACAUGGGGUUAAAUGGGAACCGACGGAGCCGUAUGCUCCCUGGCAGGACGGGGUAAGUGAACGAGCGAUUCAGGACGUAGCUAUGAAGGCGCGCACUAUGAUGGUCCAAGCAGGUCUCCCACCUGAAAUGUGGGCGGAGUGCAUGCUAACCGCGACUCUGAUCUCAAACAUCACCCCUACCUCGACCGAAUUAUAUAGUGAGAUUGUACCCGAAGGACGUUGGAGUUCAAUGACGAGUUUUGAAGCAUGGGAUGGGAAACCUUACAAGCGGGCAAGUGCUCUACGCGCGAUUGGGACUCCCUGCUACGCAUUAAAGGUUGGUAACCAAAAGGAAAAAUCGAAGUUCGCAGCCCGCAGCGAACGCCACAUCCUUAUAGGAUAUUACGGGGGCUAUGCCUACCGUUUAUGGAACCCCACUACUAAGGAAGUUGUUGUUAGUAGUAGCGUAGAGUUCAAUGAAAGUGCGACAUUAAACCGCCUAGUUGGCCCUGCUCUGGACGAUCGCAAGACGUCAGAGAUUUCUUAUAAUACCCCCAGUGGUGAACCUGAGAAGGUUGACCAGCAGAUUUCCUACAAUCCCCCUGUUCCUGAGGACUCCACUCUACAAACUGAAAUAACCCCUGCGGAACAACCCAAAAAGGACCAGCUUUUCCCAUCAGCCCAGGGGACGACUGGAAAGAAGCGCGGACGGCCAAAAGGUAGCAAAAAUAAGCCAAAGGCCCAACUAGCCGUAGCCGGGCAGAGGGAGAAUAUUGAUGAUGACACUGAUGAAGAAGUCGCCCGCCAACCGUUUAAGGAUGAAGACGGAAAAAUCACAAGCUACAAGGCACGUUGGGUGGUUCAGGGGUUCCGUCAAAAGAAGGGUGUAGAUUACGACUUGACAUACGCCCCCGUCAUAUCCGCGGAUACAAUCCGCACGAUUUUUGCAGUCGCAGCCUCAAAAGGAUGGAAGAUUCGCCAAAUCGACUUCGUGACGGCGUUUUUAAAUGCAGAACUCCCUGAGGGUGAAAGGCCCUAUAUGCAACAGCCGAAAGGAUUCGAGGUUGGGGACCCAGAGAAGAAUGCUCCCCGGAAUUGGUUCAACCUCAUAACCUCCUACUUGGGAAAAAUUGGAUUCGUCGCUAGCGAAUGGGACUCUGGGCUGUGGUAUAACCGCGAGAAGCAGGUGUAUUUGACGUUGUACGUUGAUGAUAUGAAGCUAGUGGGGCCCGACGAGGGUGCCCUAGAGGAUACGGCGAAAUUGAUCGCGAAGGAGUUCAACAUUAAGGACUUGGGUGAGGCGCGUCACUACCUGGGUAUGAAAGUAGAACGCGGGGACGAGGGAAUUUGCUUAUCUCAAGAGGUGUAUAUUGACCAGGCCCUUAAGAAAUUCAACAUGACAGAGUGCAACCCCGUUCGAACCCCCAUGGAUCCAGGUUUCGCCCCCGAGGGAGGUGACCCAUUUGAUGAGAGUUUGUACAGAGCGGCAGUUGGCACCCUACAGCACCUGGCCACGUAUACAAGGCCCGACAUAGCAUUCGCGGUCGGUUAUUUGGGGCGUUGGGCUAAUUCAGAUUGGGCGGGUGAUGUUGGGGACCGGAAGUCCACCUCUGGAAUGGUGAUUUUGCUGGCCGGUGGCCCAAUCUCGUGGAAAUCCUCAAAGCAAGGGGUAGUGGCGCUGUCAACAACUGAAGCCGAGUACGUUGCGUGCAGUGAGGCGCUUAAGACAGUGAUUCGAAUCCGCGGCCUACUUAAUGAGCUGGGUCUUGCGGAUGGCAGUUCACCUGCUCCUACCAUCAUGAACAUCGACAAUACGGGCGCGAUAGCGGUGGCAAAUGGCGAAAAGGUGACGCGGAACGUGCGCCAUAUUGACAUACGCUUCCACCAUGUCAGGGAUGAGGUCCGCAAAGGGACCAUUAAGCUGUGUCACAUUGAGAGCGCGGGUAUGGCAGCGGAUUGUCUGACCAAGGCAUUAAGUUACGAGAUGAAUACCCGGGCGAUCGAGAUGCUCGGGCUAGUGGGUUGA